AUGUCCUUCAACGACUAUAACCAUGACGCAGAGCGUGGCAGGAAACAGCAACCAACCACCAUUCACUCCCAGAGAUUUCUUCUGUUUCGCGAUGUCGCGUUUGUCACCAUCAUUCUCUUCCACAUUGCUAGCACAAUCAUUUCCACUUCAUCCCUGGUCACUCACAUGUCCCCACGGGCCACAUAUGGGUAUCUUGGGGUCGCCAUUUUGACUGGGACAGUGAGCCCUAUUCUCGCUAUUAUUGGAUGGCGGGACCACUUGCCAAUUUCAAGGUGGACCAGCAAACUGUCCUUUGAACUCGGAUGGGUCAUGAUUAUCAUGCUCAUUGACUUUAUCAUUGCCGUCGGCCAUUCGUCUGUCCGAGGUGCCAACAAGUCUCUGGUCGCAAUCCUGUACCUCGAGACAAUCUCAGUCAUUAUCUACGCUCUCGGUCUCGGUGGCAUGAUCCUGCUCCAGCACCGUAGAUUCCCUCAAGUCGCAAUCUGGAACGUCUCUGUACAGUCUGUCCAAUGGCUGGAAUCUGCUCAGCCAGCAGAGCGUGGUAACCCAACCACCCCUCCGGCUACAUCGGGUGGAGGCAAGAUUGCCCCAUGGCAAAUCUACGACGAUAUGCAAGAGGUCAAGCUAGACGAAAAGCGCACAUUCGCUAGCCCGACCUCCAUGGACAACAAGUAUAUCGGUGCACACCCCUUUUGGCAGACGCAGUCCGAUCGUAACGCCUGCAUCGAGGACGACAUGGCAUAUAUUGUCCAGCGUUAUGGCCUGGAUGCCAAUACGGCCCAGAUAAAGUCAAAUCCAAGCAAGACCUCAAUGCACGUCAAGAAGCCGUCCGUUCGCAACCUGGAGAUUAGUCGACCAUUGCCGGCAAUGACAAACCUUCGCCGGGCACAGACUCUUGCCACCAGAGUGCCCGACCAGACAGGUCGUUACACCCACGGACGCGCAUCCUCUGUUGGAACCUACGACCGUUUGUAUCGUGGCGAACCCAAGGCACCACUACAUCUGCACAUCCCCAGCCCGACCCUGGAUGUGCCCGUAGAUGUCGAGUCGGUCGCAUACCCAGACAUCUCUGCGAGAAAUUCCCGUCGCACUAUUGGGAAUCCCUCGAUGGGACUUGCCUCUCGCACCCUCGUUGGCACCAGCCGUCCCAAGGCAAAAGCGACUCGCGCAUACGUCGACACGUCGAAACCUCUCCCAUCGCCCCCUCCGCUUCAAAGCGACGACUCACUUCUCUCGUCCGACCCUUCUGGCCAGCAUAGUUUCGUCAUGGCCAUGGCACAUCGCGUCAAGGCAGUUCCAGCCCUGAUGGUCACCACACCACGAGCAAGUGAGAUGCCCAUUGAUCACGAUGAUGAGCAUGACGGAUUCUCUGACUUGGAUUGA